AUGGUGUUUACCGAGCCUGAACUCCUUGCUAGUGGCAAAGGUAGCGUGGUCAAAUGUCUCGACCACCACCAACAGGCGAUGCAAGCGCUUAGCCGCCAAUACACUCUGGACGAGUUCAGUAUUGAAAAUCUCAUCGCAUCGCUUGAUAUCUUUCAUCUGACCUAUGUUAAUGGUGGCAAAAUUAUAUUGUGUGGUAUUGGCAAGCUGUUCAAGAUCGCUAACAAGUUGGUGGCCACACUCAACUCUUUGCUGAUUCCUUCUCAACCUUUACACCCAUCAGAAGCAUUACAUGGUGAUUUGGGUUUGAUAAAUGAGGAUACUGAUUGUCUUGUCUUGGUGACAGCGUCAGGUAAUACUCCUGAACUCCUUCAGUUGUUGCCUCAUCUUCUGCCUGAGUUGCCUAUGGUCUUAUUGACUUGUUCCAAAAAUUCAAAGCUUUCCAACCACCCUAUGGUGAAUUCAUUGAUGUAUGUUGAAUUACCACCUCAUUUAAACGAAGACCUGAUUCAUGGGUUGCCAGCUCCUACAGUACUGACGAGUCUCUCGCUCAUACUAGCUGAUGCCACGGUAUUAGCUCUUUCCGAAAUGAUUGAGGACGAUUUGCUCAAACGGAAAACUCAGUUCUCAAAGAAGCAUCCUGGUGGAUCUAUUGGUCUUAACUUGAGUCAUUUGAAUGAUAACCAUAUGAAAAUCAGCUCGCAAACACUGACUGCUCUGUUAGUGUCAUUAUCUCAACUAGCCUCAAAAGAUUACGGAUCACUGGUUUCUAGUGACUAUGAGAGUGGGCCUGAAGAUAAAGGGGUUCCAUCACUUGGGACUCCAACGAUCUCUACGACGGAGCUGAUUAGUCGUGAGACUCUUGUCAACGCACAACUUCUGUCUCUCGUGGGUUCACUGGCCCACGUGUUGCUGGUGCCUCGACGCGAAGUGAUGGCACUACUGUACGGGGAAUGUUCGAAAUUUGUCGAGUGGGUGGCGAUGUACGACUAUCUUGUGGUCACUACUGAUAAUGUCGUAGCCAAUGAUAAGCAUGCAGUGGCCAUGGAGCAUGUUCGAAUGCUCUACCGCAACCACUUCACAGGGAAGAAUGAUGAGGAUGCCUGGAAUCAAUUCAAAAUGGAAUUGAUGCUAGCAUUCGUUCCGGUUUCGUUUUAA